AUGAACGCCCCUUCUCUCGCUCUGCUGGGGAGGAAUGCCAAGGCGCGCAUUGAGACGUGCCAGCACAUCAUCGGCUACACAUUCAGGAACACCAAAUAUAUCAGGCAAGCCCUGAUGCCCCUUCACCCCAUCCACCAGCGCCUGGCCCUGGUUGGAGACAAGGUCGCCGACGCCCAGCUAGUAGGCCGCUGGUACGAGAGCAAGAAGCGGCCCCUCCCGGACCAGUGGGCACCUAUAAGAAACUCCUUGGUCAGCAAUAGGAACCUCGCCGAGGUUGGCGUCCGCUUGCGCAUCCAAGACUGUACGUUCCCGCGCUGUGGCCCUGGCAAGAGCAUGGCCAACACCAUGGAGGCCAUAAUUGGUGCUGUCUGGCUGGACUCAAAACGUGACUUUGGAGCAGUCAAUGCGGUCAUGGAGAGGCUUGGCCUCACAAAACACGCCCUAAUCCGCUCCCCCAACACCACCUUCACCACCUUCCAGCCACGAUGCGACACGCAGCACAUCCAGUCAAGCCGCUCCUUGCCCGACCGCUUCUUUGUCGGACACCACGUGGGCCUGCUUCAGCUUUUGUUCAAGCAUGGCCAGUCCUUCAUCGUCCAGCAGCGCGCAGGCCAGCACGCUAACCUGUCGCCCCACAAGCCGGCGAAGGAGGCAGGAACAAUGAAUAUUAUGUCCGAAACGGCCCAGAAGCGGACUGCAGCCCCAGUCGCAAGGAAACACAAACAUCGUGGCCACGACCCGGGUCAUUCCUCCGACACCACCAACCCUCCCAAGCGACAGGCCCCAGAGCACGUGCUCACCGCUGGCGAGCAAACAAAUGCAGAACGCAACGACUCCGCGCUGGACAGCGCUCUGCCUGAACAGCAACCGGUGACCCUGGGCGACCACGGUAGCAGUCUUGCCGGCCGGCAUGACGGACCUACGGGCUGGUACCGCGAAGACACUGAGUGGAACCGACUCUACUAUUUCAUAUGGGCUGACUCACUGCAGGGAUCCCAAGGCCGACAGAUCAGUGGCACUCCAAGCUCUGGCUUUGCUACGGCCGUAUAA